GCCNAUGGUAUUGUUAAUUCAAUAAUUAAUCGAUUGCCCAUUGAAAUGCAUGUCCCAGGGUAUCAGUAUUGCGGACCAGGCACAAAACAUAAUAAAAGAUUAGCACGUGGUGAUCCUGGAAUAAAUAAACUCGAUGCAGCGUGUCGUGACCAUGAUAUUGCGUAUGCAAAAACAAAUGAUUUAUCGCAACGGCAUUUGGCUGAUUACGAGUUGGAAAAACGUGCUUGGGACCGCGUAAAAGCAAACGAUAGUUCAUUUGGAGAAAAGGCUGUUGCGUAUGCUGUUACAAAUACCAUGAAAGCUAAAAGAAAGAUUGGAAUGGGUUUUGGUGGUGUACUACGAGUUGGACGUAAAGCUAUGCGUAAUUCAAAAGAUAUUAACAGUGCGGCAAACUUGGCAUUAGCGGCAGCUCGUGUUGCUGUAAAGGGAAAACAAAAAUUUAAAACACCUCGCACUAUCAAAGUACCUAAAUUUGGAGGUGUGCUGCCACUCAUUCCUAUUUUUGCUGGACUUUCAGCUUUAGGAUCGUUGGCUNACUGGACUUUCAGCUUUAGGAUCAUUGGCUGGUGGAGUAUCAAGUAUUGUAAGAGCUGCACACGAAGUCAGAAAAAACGUUAA